AGGCCUGAGAGGUCUGUGAGCAGGAAGCAGGCCCUGGAAGGGUUUGGCCUUCAUCCUGACACAAGCGUGAGGCCCUGGGGCCACCCCAGAAGGGAGUGUGUGACCAGAUUGGUGUUGCAGGAAGACCCUUUGGCUGCUGGGAGUAGAUGAACCAGUGUAUGGUAGGGGCGGAGUUUGAAGGUAAAGCCAGUAGAUGAGGCCCCAGUGAUGGGUGGGGUCCAGGGGGGGUAGCGGGAGCUGGCAAGGACAACUAUGGGUUUCUGGCUCAGUUUGUGGAGCCUUGACCACCCUCAGGUGCCCCUUCGUUCCUGAGGUUGCCAAGAGCCUCCUACCUGCCACACUGGGCUCUCAGCCAGGCUUUCCUCUCAGACUGACCUUCUAUGGUGCCACCCCAAACUCCAGAACCCUCAGCACACUGCAGCUUCACCUUUUAGGGCCCAGACCUCUUUGAGCAUAUGGUAAAAGCUGUAGCCCAGGGUCCCCCUCCACCCCAGCAUUGCUGACAUGGGGGCUGGAUCAUUCCCUGCGGUGGGGCUGUCCUGUGCACUGUAAGGUAUGGAGCAGCACCUGUGGCCUCUACACACUCCACACAGCAGAGCGUCACCCUCCUCCCAGUGGAAUGUCUCCACACAUCACCCAGUGUCCCCUGGGGGCAGAAUCGUCUCCAUCCAAGAACGUCUGCUGUAGACUACAAGGAGCCCUGGUGGCGCAGCAGUUAAGUGCUCGGCUGCUAACCAAAAAGCCGGCAGCUCAAACCCACCGGCUGCUCCGCAGGAGAAAGAUGUGGCCGUCUGCUCCCGUGAAGAUCACAGCCUGGGAGACCCUGGCGGGGGCGGUUUUACUCUGUCCUGUGGGAACUCUAGGAGUCGGAAUCAACUCCGCAGCAGUGGGCUUGGUUUUGGUUUUUGCAGUAGACUACAUGCUCUCUGAAAAAUAGUCUCACAUAAAAUUUGCAUCCUGUUUGGGGGCUCGGGGGAUCCCUGAAGCUGUCAGUGCCCCUGGCUUGCCCCGCUGCCUCCUUGCAUGCCUCAGUAUAGUGAUUGCCGCCGUGUGCCCCCAGCAUCCAGUCUCAGGUGGCAGGUCUGGGGAUCAGGUCUGUUUCUGGGCCUUGGAGGAGGUGGCUGUGUGGCAGCAGGACCCCUUGCUCUCCUGUGGGCCUGAGACUAUGAACGGGUCCCGUGUGGCUCUUUCUGCCUCUCAGUACGUGCCUCUCCAGCCCAGAGGUUGUCAAACACAGUGACCCAAGAGCUAGAUGUGUCCGGUGCUCUGUCUUCUCACACGGGGUUGCGUGCGUGUCUCCGUCCCUUGUUCUUCUCUGCGAGUGGGUAGACUUGUCUUAGGGCUCCGUAUUGUUUUUGUGAUUGCCUGUUGGCUGCUCUGCACACGACUAUAGCUGUUUUAGCCCUUUGUUGUUAUUGUUGGGUGCCACCGAGUCAAUUCCACCUCCUAGCGACCCCAUAUGAUAGAGCAGAGCUGUCCCAUAGGGUUUUCCAGGCUGUAAUCUUUAUGGGAGCAGAUGGCCAGGUCUUUCUCCCACGGAGUCCUGGGUGGAUUCAAACCACUGACCUUUCAGUUAGCAGCAUAGUGCUUAACAACUGCACUGCCAGGGCUCCUUUUUAGCCCUUUAGCUGUUUUCAGUUUAAUGUGACAUCGUUUCCCAGUGUUCUUCUCUGAUCCAGACCUGCACUGGGCCCCUGUCAUCUCAUUUACCUUCCUGAGCAGUCCUGUGGGGUUCAGAUGAGGGGACUGAGACCCCAGGGGUCAGAGGACUUGCCCCCAUCACAGAACCCCUGUGUGGCACUGCCUCAGGGGUCAGAUGACUUCCCCCAGUCACAGAACCCCUGUGUGGUGCUGCCCUGGGGGUCAGGUGACUUGCCCCCAGUCAUAGACCCCUUGUGUGGUGCUGCCCCCGGGGUCAGGUGACUUGCCCCCAAUCACAGAUCCCCUGUGUGGUGCUGCCUCAGGGGUCGGGUGACUUGCCCCCAGUCACAGAUCCCCUGUGUGGUGCUGCCCCGGGGGUCAGGUGACUUGCCCCCAAUCACAGAUCCCCUGUGUGGUGCUGCCCCGGGGGUCAGGUGACUUGCCCCCAGUCACAGAUGCCCCGUGUGGUGCUGCUGAAGCAGACACCCGUGUUAGAUCCUAAGGCUGCUGCAACAAGUGGCUCAAAGACAACAAAAAUUUAUUGGGCUAUUUCCGGAAGCCAGAAGUCCCAAAUCAAGGGUUGUGCUCCCUCUGGAGGCCUCUACCAGCUUGUGGUGGCUGCCAGUAAUCCUUGGCGUUCUGGGUCUUGUAGACGCAAUACCCCAGCCUCUGCCUCUGUCUUCACGUGGACGUCUUCCCUCUGUGUCUCUCUCUGUGUCUUUACACAGCCUUAUAAGGACCCUUGUCAUUGGGUUUAGGGCCCACCCUGACCCAGUGAAGGAGCCCGAGUGGCACAAAGAUUAAGCACUCAGCUGCUAACCAAAAGGUUGGCAGUUGGAACCCACCCAGCAGCUCCAUGUGACAAAGAGCUGGUAACCUGGUCCUGUAAAGAUCGUAGCCUAAGAAACCCUACGGGGCAGUUGUACUCUGUCACAUGGGGUCUCUGAGUUAAAAACUUGUUGGCACCCGACAGCUAACCCAGUAUGGCUUAUUUCCAAACAAUGUCACAUUCUGAGGUUGUGGGUGGACAUGGCUGCCCUGAGGUGGGGGUGGGGCAAGUCUGGGUGUGCUGUGCACAGAAACAUGGUGGAGACCAAGGGGGUCCCUGGCCUGGAGCAGGAGGUGUGCGGGGAUGUGGCUGGAGGGUCGGGUCUGCUCACCACGCCCUGUACACGGAGGGUGGACUGAGGAACGUGGCUUCCAGGGCAGGAUUUGGUGAUCCCCAGCUGAGUGUCCCGGGGCUGCUGGAAUAAACGACCACAAACUGGUUGGCUUAGGACAGCAGAGUUUUAUUUUUUAUUGUCUCACGGUUCUGGCCACUGAGCUGACCCUGACUCAUGGCAACCCCAGGUGUGGCAGUAGGACUGUGCUCCGUAGGGUUUUUGUUUUUUUGUUAAAUAAUUUUUAUUGUGUUUUAAGUGAAAGUUUACAAAUCAAGUCAGUUUCUCACACAAAAACCCAUAUACACCUUGCUACACACUCCCAAGUACUCUCCCCAUAAUGAGACAGCCCGUUGCUCCGUAGGGUUUUUAAUGGCUGAGUUUUUGGAAGCUGAUCGCCAGGCCUGCCUUCCAAGAGGCCUCUGGGUGGACUGAAACCUCCAACCUUUUGGUUAGUAGCCCAGUGCGUUAACAGUUUGCACAACCCAGGGACACCUCUGGAGGCCAGAAGUCUGUAUUCAGCGUGUCGGCAGGACUGUGCCCCCGCUGUGUGCUCUAGGGCAGGACUGCUCCUUAUUUCUUCACUUCCCAGGGUUGUGGAUGGUCCUUGGCCAUUGGCUCCAUCACUCCUGCCUGUGUCUGCCUUCGCAUGGCCGUGUUCCCUCCAUGUGUCUCUUAGGAGGACAACCCUUGUGUUGGGCUAGGACCCACCCUUGGCCAGUGUGACUUCAUCUUAACUCGAUCACAUCUGUGAAGACCCUGUGUCCAAAUAAAGCCACCUUCCGGGUUGCAGGUGGACGUGCAUUUUGGGGGACACUAAGCCUAGGGCGCAAGCCCAGGAAGGGUGCUAGCCUGAGGGCGCAGCGCACGGUCAGCAGUCCUUGGGGCUCCUUCCUCCCGGGGAUAGUGGCUGGACCCCUGUGCGGAGGGGAGCACCGCUGUCUGGGCAGGACAGGGUGCGGCUGGGCUGUGGGGUGCCCUGCCCGGAGGUGCCCACAUCUUGCUCUCUCCCACAGGGUUUCCCACUGCACGGUACGGCGGCGCGCGGCUGCGAGGCUCCCGAGGGCUCGGCGUGGACCGCGAUGGGGCCGGGCUGCAGCCUCCUAACGGGGCUCUUGUCUGGGGCGCAGGCCGAGGGGACGCUCGCCCCCCCGCCCGCGGCUCAGAGCACCCCCACACCCCCCCUGCCGCGCAAGGUCGGCCGGCGUCGUCGGCGGGGGCCCGGCACCCGCCAUGAACGGCCUGUCGGUGAGCGAACUCUGCUGCCUCUUCUGCUGCCCGCCCUGCCCAGGCCGCAUCGCUGCCAAGCUCGCCUUCCUGCCACCAGAGCCUACCUACUCGCUGGUGCCCGAGCCCGAGCCGGGGGCUGGCGUCGCCCCCUCAGGCACCCUGCGGGCCUCAGCCGGCCCCCCUGGACGCUGGAAGUUGCACCUGACUGAGCGGGCUGACUUUCAGUACAGCCAGCGGGAGCUUGACACCAUCGAGGUCUUCCUGACCAAGAGCGCCCGGGGCAGCCGUGUCACCUGCAUGUACGUGCGCUGUGUGCCUGGCGCCAGGUACACAGUGCUCUUCUCGCACGGCAAUGCCGUGGACCUGGGCCAGAUGAGCAGCUUCUACGUCGGCCUGGGCACACGCAUCAGCUGCAACAUCUUCUCCUACGACUACUCCGGCUACGGCGCCAGUUCGGGCAAGCCCUCGGAGAAGAACCUCUACGCCGAUGUCGAUGCUGCCUGGCAGGCCCUGCGCACCAGGUACGGCAUCAGCCCCGACAGCAUCAUCCUUUACGGGCAGAGCAUCGGUACGGUGCCCACCGUGGACCUGGCCUCGCGCUAUGAGUGCGCCGCCGUCGUGCUGCACUCCCCGCUCACCUCGGGCAUGCGCGUCGCCUUCCCGGACACCAAGAAGACCUACUGCUUCGACGCCUUCCCCAACAUCGAGAAGGUGUCCAAGAUCACGUCGCCGGUGCUCAUCAUCCACGGCACGGAGGACGAGGUGAUCGACUUCUCGCACGGGCUGGCGCUCUACGAGCGCUGCCCCAAGGCCGUGGAGCCGCUGUGGGUGGAGGGCGCCGGGCACAACGACAUCGAGCUGUAUAGCCAGUACCUGGAGCGCCUGCGCCGCUUCAUCACCCAGGAGCUGCCCAGCCAGCGCGCCUAGCUCGGCAGCCGCGCCGCGAGCCGGCCUGGACCUCAGCAAUAAGGACCUCGCCCCGUCCGCCCCGCCGGGGGCUGCAUGAGAAUCCCCGGCCGCCCGCGCGGCACGGGCAGGGACAACCCCGCCUCGCCCCAAGGGCCGCGGGCCUUGGACAGGCAACGGAGCUAUGCUCUCCUUUCCUUCUGGAAGCAAAAAAAGCCCUGAAAAGAAAUUAAAGAUUUAAAAUUU